GUUAUUUUCCUGCUUCCGGAGGAAAACAAGGAAGGUGAGCCUUACAGAAGCCGAUGCCCCCAGUUCUCCGACCUGCCGACUGGAGGACAGCACCAAGACUCCUGAGCGAAGAAAAGUCGCUUUCGUCGUGGAUGUGGAGCUCCAGAAAGUGGAGCAAUGUGAAUCCCCACAGUCACAUGAUCGAAUUCGGACCCUGACUCCUAAUUAUGACGAUAGUAGUAUCCCAGGGACUUGUGAUCACCGUUUGCAAACUUCUGACAACAAAAAUCAAUCGGGAAGCAAUGAUCCAAUUAACAACAGUGGCAAGGAAGAUCUCCCCAGAAAGGACACGAGAGAAAAGAAGAAGAAGAUUUUCUUCAAGACAAAGGACAUCAGAAAAGAAGAAAAUACACCACGCCAGGCUUCUUGCUGCAGAAGAGACCGAUGGAGGAGCCAGAAGAUAUGGGAAGAGGUCCAUGAGAGGAUGCAGAAGACAGACCAACCAGAGCGCAGUAUCCUUGAAGGCCUCUCUUCCAUCGCCACUCUGUUUCGGCUGAAGCGGAGGGGGCAAAUGGCCGUCCCCGAGCCAAGGAACAAGAACCUCUACGGCCUGGCUGUCUUGGCUCUGAUGGAGGACAACCAUUUCAGCAGCUUCACGGCAGGAUUGGCUGCAAUGCUUGCAGUUUAUGACAUCAGCAAGGUUCCUCCAGCCAUGGACCCCUACGUUGAGUCCCAGCUCCUGAACAUCUUUGGGUCCAUGUGGAUGUCCUCCGUGAAAAACCGUGGGGAGAAUAUUGCAGAGGAAGAGAAGAAGCUGCUGGAGGAGACCUUUGGCCUCCUGCUCCGAGGCCUUCUGCAACAAGCGGCGAAAACGGAGCAUUUAAUUUUUAUUUUGAAGCACUUUGAGAAACACGGCUGGCAAUGCUUCUCGUCUGCCUGGAAUGAGCUACGCUGCUGUGGAACCCAUAAUAGUAGGAUCAACCUCACUGAAGUCCAGCGGGCCUUUCCACACUUUCCAGUACAAAUUGCGAUGGCUGGAUAUGAGGACAGAUUCAUCAAUGAAGGAGACCUAACAAUAGAGGAGCUCUGAUGUCUUCAUCCCCUGCCGCCCUUGGACACUGAAGGGUGGAUGGAAAGGAGCUCCACUCUAUCUGAAGGAAAGUCCCUUCGUUUCUCCCAUCUAGUAUCAAUUAUUACACCCCAUUGUUCUGGAAAAACCACAAUACUUACAUCAGAAGACAAGACCAUGAAGGGCUGGAGAAAACAGGCUUUAUUUGUACACAAUGGUUCAGAGCAUUCGCAUGACAAAUUCUGAACCUUGGGCUACUUCCAGGGAAUAAUUCUUAUAGUAUUAGCCUCCCAUGCCUUAGCCUUAGGGUGGCUCUUAUCUACCUUUGACACACUAAAACAGAGAAGUUUAUAUCUUAAAGCUACAUAAGGGAAAAGGAGAAGUUCACACAAACGGUUGUCUUACCACACCUCUCUACACGGGUAAUAUCUUACACCAUCUGUGACUUUCAGUUGACACUUCUUGUAAAAUGGUUUCUACAUAGCAUGAACACCUCUUUACAAUAAUGACACACAGGUUAUAUUAUUUUAGGUUACACUACACAUCCAAGCUUAAUAUUAUCUAUUACUUAAAACAGCAUCCAGCAUUCCUAUUAAGAUAUAUAUUUUUAUGAACUUUUUCCUGACCACCUCACUAUUGUUAUAUUUGCUCUGUUCUACUCUUCUGAACUUAAAAUACAGUAAAUUCUGAAAUUUCUGCUUUCAGGUUCUUGGACCGCCUCAUCCCUUCAAGAACGGAUCUCUCAGCUACUGAAGGCCACCACUGAUUUUGGAAGAUCGCGAGGAGGCUACUCGUGUUGUGGAGCAGAUACAAACUCUCAUCUGUUUUUGUGUGCUGCAGCAGGAUGUUGGGACAGCAAUCAACGCGGCGCCUGGAACUCACCUAUUUUCUUCGACUGUUGCCAACUGGGCUGUCCUCUCUCCAGGCUGGAGGAACCAUGAAAGAGCCUGCGAUUCCACAGGCCCCACUGACGGAUGGACUAAGAGAUUUCAUAGGAAAGCGUCAGCCCUUCCAGCUAAUGUUUCUGGCAUCUAUCUGAUAUAUAUAUAUCCCCAUUUAGAUGGCACCCAUUUAAGAGAAACACGAGAUAAAGAAAAUAGAAAUUCAGCAAAAAGGGCUACACAAACAGCAUCUUGCAAGUCUUAAACUACAAACUUCCUACUACUACUUUUUGCUACUGGAUCCAUUAAGGCGGCUGCUUCCUACGUUUGUUUCUCCGACCUUUUCAGUUACUGGGGGCUCCUCCUGACACAUCCCAUUACCCUAAUUUAGGUUACAAUAGGAUGUCCUUUUCCAGCACAACUUCUCAUUUCAGACUGAUAUUCUUCUAAUGCGCUUCUGUACAGUAUGAGGAAUGGGAUGAGUCAUGUACUUUUACUAUUUUAUCAAAAUCUAAUAUGGUGAACUACAAGGAAAAUGAAAAUAAUGGGAAAGGAAAGGAAGAAAAGAGAAAGAAAAAAGGGAAAAAGAGAAGAACAGAGAAGAAGAGAAAAGCAUUGAGUUACAUCUUCUUUUGGAGCAGUAGAAUAAGCAAUAAGUUACAACCUCAACUUUUUAUGUCACAAAAUAAUAUAGAUAAGGUGCCAAUGGGUGAAAGCAAUCCAUAUAUCAGAGCAAGCAAAGAUUAUUAUUGAUGGAUUCUUAACUAACCCAUGUCAAAUCCAAAAGGGUGUGAGGCCAGGAAGCCCCUUAUCUGCCCUGCUAUUUUAAUCAGGGUUGGAAGUUUUCAUAAGGAUAUUAAGCAACAUGAGGAAAUCACAAGUAUAAAUCUUAAAAAGGAAGUUUAUACAUUCAUUUGCUGAUGAGUUAUUUAUCCAGAAAAAACACUAUAGAAUAUUUGAGAAAGAAACUAAAUGACUUUGGAGCUUUAGUCGCCUAUAAAAUAAAUCAACAGAAAAGAACAAUCUUAGUUAAGAAUAUGGUUUCUCAGGACUAUGAAAUACAAAAUAAAAAGUCAGGUUUUAAGUUGGAGAAAAAGGUGGAAUACCUGGUUUUACAUGGACAACAAAAUGCAGAAUUGUUUCUAAAUGAUGUUGAGCCUUUUUGUCAAAAAAUCUAAUAUGAAGAAGCAGAAAGAAAAUAAAAAUAAUGGGAAAAGAAGGGAAGAAAAGAGAAAGAGGAAAAAGUGUAGGAAAAAGGGGGGAACCAAAGCGAGAAGAGAGGAGAGAAGAGGAGAGGAGAGAAGAGAAGAGAAGAGAAGAGAAGAGAAGAGAAGAGAAGAGAAGAGAAGAGAAGCACUGAAUUACAACUUCUUUUGAGCAGUAGAAUAAGCAACAACAUACAACCUCAACUUUUUAUUUCACAAAAUAAUAUAUACUAGGGGCCAAAACAGUUUAUAAAAUGGGUCAAAGCAAUUCAUUCAUCAGAGCAAGCAAAGAUUAUUAUUGAUGGAUUCUUAACUAAGUCAUGUCAAAUCCAAAAGGUUGCGAGGCCAGGAAGCCCCUUAUCUGCCCUGCUGUUUAAAUCGGUGUUGGAAGUUUUCAAUAAGGAUAUUAGGCAAGAUGAAAACUUUACAAGUAUAAAUCUUAGAAAGGAAGAUUACAAACUGACAGCAUUUGCUGAUGAGUUAUUUAUUCAGAAAAAAACACUAUACAAUAUUUCAUAAAGAAACUAAAUGACUUUUGAGCUUUAAUCGCCUAUAAAAUAAAUAAACAGAAAACAACCAUGUUUGUUAAGAAUAUGGAUUCUCAGGACUAUGAAAUACUAAAUAAAAAGUCAGGUUUUAAGUUGGAGAAAAAGCUGGAAUACCUGGAUUUACAUAGACAACAAAAUUCUGAACUUUUUCAAAAUAACUUUCAGACUUUUUGUCACAAAAGUAAAAAAGACUUAUUAGGAUGAGAUAAAUUGCAAAUAACUUAUUGAUGUGAUGACCCAGGGCCCCGCACGAAGGCAAAGCAGUCGGCUUGCAAGAGAAAAAGUCCUUUAAUAACUGCCAAUGUUCCCCAAAAGCUCCCACAUAUGCUGGCAAGCCUUCAGCCAAAGCACACAUGCAACUUCCUUUCACCUGCCUCUGGAUGAAGGCAAUUUCAAUACAGCUGGAGAAGUAUACAAUGUCCUCAAGGCCAGACAGAUAACAAGAAAACAAAACAGAAACUUAAUGAGUCCUUUGAAAUCUCAGCUUGCCUGCAGUCUGCAAGGAGAGACUCAGAAUGCAGUCUGUGGUCAUCAAGCAGGAAAACAGCUGGUCCGGUACUCAAGGUGUCCAGGUUAAACAAAGACAAGAGCACAAUUCACAACUGUCCCAAGAUACCACGUUUGUUCCCGGCAAAUGCCCCACUCCACAGCAUCUCCUUAAAUCUUCAUCCCCAGGCGUGCCUUGUGGAGUGGGGCAGGCCGCUCUCCUCCCGAGCAAUUGUUCCUCCAUACUUUGUUCUCU